CUUUCCCGACCAGUCUAGUCCCAUCCUCUCAUCACCACCAUACCAUUCUCUCUCUCUCUCUCCAUCUUAUAUUUCGUACCCGUUCUGCUUCCUUCCUUCCUUCAUUCAUUCACUUUCUUGGUGUUAUAAUUGUUAUCUCCACACACCAAAAUCUCACUCACCCUACAACCCCUAGCUAUAAGCUCUUCUCCCCUUAAAACAAAAGGAUAUGGCGCCAUACAAGCAGAAAACCGAUGGACAUCAAUAGGGCUACAGAGUACUGCUACUGAGUGUGAAAGAUUCCAUCUUUAUUGUGUACACAUAGAGAGAGGGAAAAAGGAAGAGAACCCAAUUAAAUAUCUGAACUGGGUAUGCUGUCACACCAAGAACAGCAGCAGCAGCAGCAGCAGGAAGAAGAAGAAGGGAUGGAGGAUCAGGUGGCCGCCGCCGCCGGUGAUGUAGGGACGGCGAGUACUAACGAGAGAGUGUGUUAUGUUCACUGCAACUUCUGCAACACAGUUCUAGCGGUGAGUGUGCCAAGCAGCAGCAUGUACACAAUGGUAACAGUGAGAUGCGGGCAUUGCGCCAAUUUGCUGUCAGUCAACAUGGCAAGUUUCAUGGGAGCCCCACCACCAUCGCCAACUCCUUCUCUUUACCCUACUAAUAAUAAUAAUAACAACUCCUCCUUCCUCCCCAAUCCUCAACCAAACGCUGCAACAGCAGCAUCUCUCCCUCACCAGGCUGAGAAGGAGCCAUUAGGGUUUGAGGAAGGGCUCAGCAACACCAACGUUAAUAACAACUCAUCAUCGAAAGACUGUGGCGGCUCGACGUCCGGAUCAUCUUCUUCGUCCAAGUACAGCAGCAGCGGCAGCAGCAGCAACAACAGCGGCAAGCAGCAGCAGGUGGUGGUGGCGGUGUCUCCGCCGUCGCCGUCGUUGGAGUACAGUUGGGUGGAUAAUCAUCACCUCCACGAACCUCCUAGGCUCCCUCCCAUCCGCCGUGAGUACUAGUCCACCAAAUCAUGCAGGCAUUUUCUUUGUUUCGUGUUUUUAUUCUGUGUGUGUUUUGGAGAUUUAGCAGAGCUGUCCACGUCGUGACAAAACAUAUUCCAUUCAUCGCGGGCGAGUCCGGUUGCAUACAACAUUCUUAAUAAUCGGUCGAUUUUGAAAUUUUGUUACUGCAAAAAAAAAAAUAUAUAUCAUGCAUGACUAGUAUGCGAAUUAAUAUCAGUAUAUAUGCUAAUUAGGGCCCAACCGUACGCAUUUCAAUUAUGUACAUGAUAGAAUUUCAAAAGGAGUUGGUAGAAUGAUAAUUUUAUGAAUAAUAUUCCUCCCUCGCUCGGAUGCAAUAAUUUGUUGCGAAUUUAGUAUCACAUCCUACGUGCAAUUUAAUUAGUUAUUAAUAUCACUAUACUUUCGCGGAAACCCUUCUCAAUAUAAUAACCGAGCUAUAGAAAAAGCAAAUUCGCAUGAGGCGCUCUCGAUUUUCUUCUCAUUUGCAUAGUUAUAUUUUUUUAUUUUUAAUCAGUUUUUUUAAUUUUUUUUCUGUUUGUAUGCAUGUUGAGAAAUUGAUAAUGUGCAAAAAUUAAUGAAUUCAGCUCCAGAGAAGCGACAACGGGUUCCUUCUGCAUAUAACAGGUUCAUCAAGGAGGAGAUCCAAAGGAUUAAAGCAAGUAAUCCUGAAAUCAGCCACAGAGAAGCUUUCAGCACCGCAGCUAAAAAUUGGGCACAUUUCCCUCACAUCCACUUUGGGCUGAAGCUGGAAGGAAACAAGAACAAGCAUGCAAAACUAGGAGAUCACCACCACCACCACCAUUUUCACCAUCAUCAAAAUCAGCAAGCAUAUGGAGGAUCAUCUGCAAAUGAUGAUAAUAUAAUCAAUGAUCAUAACAUUGGCACACUAGUACUCAACCAUCACAAGAAAACUCCCAAUAACAACAGCAGCAAUGACAAUGGGUUUUAUCAUGAGCUCAAUGGCUCCCUGUGAUCUGUACUUCUCUUCUUUCAGAGAGAUUUGUCAUGAACAGAUAACAAUAAUAAUAGAGUUAAUAGCAUGCAUGCAGCUCCCAGACUCAUCAGCUUUCAAAAUUCAAUGUAAUUAGGGCAAUAAUAACUAAGAAUGUCUAUUAUGGUUGGAGAUUGAGAAUAAAAAUGAGAGGUUAUAUAGCUACUGCUUACUGCUUAAAGGGAGGAAAGGAAAAUAAUAGAACUGAGAAUGAUGAGGGAGUAGUGCUACUGUGUCUGAUCUAUCAUGUCAAUGAAUUGUUUCUUUUUUUUUGGAUCGGAUCUCUGCCAUGCCAUGUAUCAGUUUUGUUCUGUUGUGCUGUUGCGAUCGUUUCUGUCUAUU